GAGAGAGAGAGAGAGAGAGAGAGGAUCCCGGCCAGCGGCUCCACGGCUCCAGACGCGCGUCACCGACACAUUCGUCGCUCUUUACGGUGAAGCGCGCGACAGGCCUGAAUCCUCCACCGUGAACCGACACACAGAGGAUCGUCCGGCUCUUUAUAAGAGGCUCAUGAAGAACACACAACCCUCUUCAGAGGAAACCAGCGAGUGGCUAAUGGUAGCGAUCGAGCGGAUGACCGGGAAGAAAUCGAGGAAAACCCAGAAAUAACGCGCGACUCCGGAGCGACAUUAUAUUCAUUCCGAGGGUUUGUCCUUCCAACUGAUGAAAACCAUGAAAUCUGCUACUUACAGCACCUGAAAGAGAUUUACAUAAUCAAGACGCAAUGGAAGAGCCGUACAAAGAUUCUGUAGCCGGAGACAUGGCGAACCCCCAGGAGGAGGCCACCAACACUGAUGCAGUUGGGAAACUCGAAGGAGAAGCCACUCCAAUUCUUACAACCGAGACAUGGAAUGUCAGUUCUCCAACCAUCACGAAACGAUCCCUAUCACCCCUGCUAACAAUACAAGCCACCCCAGUGGUGACCCCGGCUGCUGAGUCUCCCAAUGGUGUUGCCCUAAAGGUUGCUACAACUGUGCUUCAACCAAUCUGCUUGGGAGAGAGUCCAAUGAUGUUGCCCAUCCUUGCUGGUCCAGCUGCCUCUCAAGUUGGACAAUCAGGGACAACUUCAUAUCUAAUGACUAGUCAAGGUCCUGUAUCCCUACCUCUGGUCUUGGAACAACAAGUCCUCCAACAUUUGAAUCCUCAAUUACUUCAACAAACAGCAACUUGUCCUCUCCCUCUACAGAACAACAUACUGUGCCAGAACCCUUCCCUUGCUCUCGGACCACCUCCAGUCCUUGACCAGAAAGGCUCAAAUCCAGUGUUGGAUACUAGUCUACUGACUCUUCUUCAGAACCCUAACUUUGCAGCAAUCUUGCAGGAUCUCUUCCCUGGCCAAGGGAACUCUUCGCCCGGUUGUCACCAAGCGUCUUCCCCGCAAGUAGACCUCGCCUCAGCGUUUCUUUCUCCUCCGCCUCUUACACACCCCUACAUUUCUCCACUAGCCUCUCUGGUGCCUCCAGCCACCCUCCUCGUGCCCUAUCCUGUUGUGAUCCCACUUCCAGUGCCUCUUCCAAUCCCAGUGCCAAUCCCAGUCCCGGUCUCAAUGUGCAAGGACUCAAAGAUUGAGGUAGACUCCUCUAAACCGGCUUGUACGUCGAGCAAAAGCACACAGACGUCACCUAGUGACAUCUCCCCUCAUUUGACAUUAACCAACAGGGAAAUGGCACUAGUCCAGCAACCCUUUCCCUCUUGCUCGUCCCCUGUAGCGACAGACGGAGAAGUGCUAGACUUAUCCAUAAGGGCGCCUCAACCGUCAACGCAUGUCGAUAUUCCACAAGGGAUCCAAGCGUUUCAGCAAGACAGUGUCCUUGAUUUGUCUGUACCUAGUAUAAGAAAGACAUGCAUCAAGUCUUGUAGCACGUAUGGGCCAUUGGCCCCAGAGCGGGAGAGAUUGUGCCACAUUGGGGACGAUGUUAGCAGUGGGGCUUUGGCUCUUGGGGUUCUUCGACCGGUAGAUUGCACGCCGAAGCUAGAUACCAAGUUGCUAAGUGGUUUAGCAUCUCUAGAGUUCAGCAGACAGCACAAGUGGGUUGUAGAUAGCGGUCAUGGUAGCGCUAUGGCUGAAGCUGUACACAACUCUGCGCUCACCGGAAGCGGCAACAUCGAGAUCGUCAGCACGUCGCAGACUGCCAAAGUCAUUGUGUCGGUCAAAGACGCCAUGCCUGCCAUAUUCUGCAGCAAGCUAAAAGGAUUAUCAGGCGUUUCUACUAAGAACUUUUCCAUUAAACGUGACUCAAGUCAGGGGGGAUUCGCAACACUGCCCAGGAUCCCGGGGGAUCAGCGAGGAGAAUCAAGUGACUCGCUCAAAAAGAUCUCCAAAAACAGAGGUAUCAAACUGAAGAAAGUGAGCUCCCAGGAGAUUCAUAUACUCCCCAUAAAGAAGCAGCGACUGGCAGCGUUUCUACCCAGAAAAUAACACAUGCUCUUGCUUUCAGAGUGAGACGGGAAAACCAAGGACAUGGGCAAAGAAACAGCUACUGAGGUGUAGCUAGAGAAGUAGCUACUGUGAAAAUAAUUGGUCUGAGAAAUUUAACCAGGGUAUGAUGAUGCUAAAUGCAUUCCUGGCAGAAACAAGGCCUAAAGCUUGUUUUCCAAGCUGUCCAUAUGAUUUAGACUGAUGCAGGCUGCCUCUGGCCUGACGUUUGGCAUUUAGUCCAUUCAUUACAAAGCAUUCAGCUGAAGUCAACAGGAUAAUGCUCCAAGUAAAAGAACCAAUCUGAACAGGCCAAACUGCACUACUACUGAUAUUCUUUAGCAUUUACAGCAUUAAUGCCAGAAUCGUUUCCCUUCCUAUGCAUUUUGAUUUUGGUCACACAUCCUCAUGAAUGAUUCAUCACACUUAAUCUGCAUUGCCAUUAAUAUGCAUGAGAUCUGAGAUCUGUUCUGAAACCUGGCCAGCUGUCAGCGAGAAACACAUCGUGUAGUGUUGCUGACAAAUUCUCCUCUUGCUAAUAUGCUUUUUUUGCCGAACUCUUGUUCUCCCGUCGCUGUUUACACUUGGAGUGCAAGACGUUUCCCAUUUUUGGUCCUAAUGAACUGUAGAAGGGGGAACCGUGACCUUUUGCUUCCCUAAUCACUGUAUUAAUCAGUGGGGCAUUGGAGCGGAGGAUCCUCUUUGAAGAACAGGAGGGGUAAGCAGUUAGCAUGGCAGCCUCAUAAUGACUUGGCAAAGCGCAGACCUCAGUUUCAUUAAGUCUGAUGAUUGGAGGAAAUGGUUGUCAGUAGCAACAAAGCAUAGUUCUCACUUCUCAUCAUCCUCCC